AUGUAUGUUAUAUUGUUAUUAAAAUUUUAAAAAUUUUACAUUUUCUAAUUUCUGGGAUUUCUUUUCAGAAAUGGGAAAAAAAUAUUAAGUUUAUCUAUUAAGGUAUUUAAUUUUUCAUUAUACGUAGUUAUUUAAUUUUAUUGUAAUUUAAACAUGAAUCAUCGUAUAGUAAUGAUGUAAUUAACUUAGACUUAAAAGUGUAAGAGUUUUUGUUCAGCUAUUGACAUAUAUGGAGCAUAUCCAAGUUUAAUGAUAUUUGGGAAUCAAAAAUAUUCGAGUAUGUUAGGAAUUAUCCUGACUUUAAUAGCUUCAACAUUAACUAUUUUUUAUUUAGUUCAAGAAGUCUAAGAAUUAGUCUCAAAGUCGCUCCCUCAAACAAUUUAAUCUGAACAUUUAGUUACAGAGACAUCUGUAAAAUUAAUAAAUAAUAAAAGCCAUAUUCAUUGACAAAUCAGAAUUUUACACUAACAAUCUCUGUUGCUAAUGUGAAAUAAGACCCUUUGAAAACAAUAGAUAAAUAUUUUACAAUUACAGUUCAAAAUUGUUUAAGAACGAGAGAGCUUAAUGCUACUACAAAUUAAAUAAAUGUUUAAAAUAUGUAUGUUUAAAAUGCUAUUUCAAGAUGUGUAAAUUAUCCCACAGAAGCAUGCACCCCUGAUAAUUUUGUUACAGAUCUUUAAAAAGAAUAUUUUAGUAAAAUUCGAUUAGGAACAGUAUAGUGUAUAAAAAAAGAAGUUCUCGAAUCUAAUCCACCAGUAAUAAUUGUAUUUAUUUAUAUUCAGGUACUCUAAGGAAUAGUUUCAGGAAAUAAAUAUUCUUAUAUUACAAUAAAAUUUGCAGCUUGUAAGAAUAGUACAGAAAAGGUAGAUUGUGCUACAAUGGAUGAAAUACAAAAGGAAUUAGCAGAUGGUUUUUAUGUAGUACAUUUGAGCGAUACUUUAGUUCAAAUGAGUAAUCCCAAAAAUAUUCAAUAAAAUUUCAUUAAAAUGUAAUUUACAUCAUUUUCUAUAUCUACAUCUAAGACUAUCUACUAAGGAUUUAGAAUUAUUUAAUCUAUGACUGAUUAUGGAAUAUUAACUAAUGAUAUUCAAGAGGAUUUAUUUUUAACUCAACAAUAUUUUUAGGAAUCAACUGCAGGGUAUAAUUAAGAUUAUUUAGUAAAUCAUUAUUUAAUUCUUGAUAAUAAAUAUACAAAUUAUUAAAGAUCUUAUAUCAAAUUAUUGACAAUCUUAAGUAAAAUUGGAGGAUUAUGGUAAUUAAUAUUUGUGAUUUUUGGAACAAUAAGCAAACAAUAUAUUCUGAUGGAAAUGAAAGUCACUUUAGCUAAUAAAUUAUUUAGAUUUCAAUAAGUAGAAAAUGAUUUAACUUAAAGUUUAAAAAAGGAUUUAAGUAUAAAAUAAAAUUUAGAUAAAUAUGUUGAAAAACCAUAGGAAAAAUUACCAAACAAUAUAUCAAAUAUUCUACAAUUCUUAUUUGGGUGUAAAAAAGAAAGAAUAAAAUAAUUGAAUUAAGCAACUUUAAAAAUUCAGAAAAGCUUAGAUAUUGUAGAAAUUAUGAAAAGAUUUUAGGAAUUAGAAAAGUUAAAAUAAAUUUUACUGACUGCUAAUUAAAAAAAUUUAUUCGAUCUGAUACCCAUCCCAUUAAUAAAAGGAGAUAACCAAAAUAAAAAUGAUACUGAUUUUACAUCAAGUAAAAAGAUGACUUUUAGUACGAGCAUACAUCAAAACAAUGAUAAUUUUGAAAAAUUUGUUGAAGCAUAUAGAUCAUUUUUUUAAAUUCAAGAUAUGCCUGAUACAACUGAAAAUAUUGGAUAAAAAAUAAUUAAAUUCUUAGAUCAAGACUUAAUUAAACUAUUUUACGAUUAUCAUAUGGAUCUAGAAUAAAGGUAAGCCUUUUUAUUACUUUCGGAAGAGAGGAAAUCUAAAAUAUUAGUUGAUUAAAACUUUUAAUUUUCUGAUUCAAAAUUAAGCCUUUCUCCUUGUAGUUCAAAUUAGUCAGAAGUUCAAGCAGUUAAAAUUUUCUUAAAUAAUUAAUCUAUUAAAAAAAAAUAUUGCAAUUAAGAAGUUUGA